AUGAACCCAACUGUAGUGGACUCCAUCUUGGAUCCGGCCGGAAAUGGCUUGUGUUCAUAUGAAGUAUUAGUUAAGCCUGCUCUGAAUCCUCUUAAAUAUUUGAAGCUCAUUUCAAUGCAUAUCGUUUCGAGAGUCCCUUGUGUCGAGAAUACAGGUGCUCCAGUAUUAAAAUUUUCGACGCUGGAGUGCGACCGGCUGCGCGUGCACCGGAACCUGGUGGCGUCGCUGAUCAUCCGCUUCGUGGUGAUGCUCGUCCUCACGGAGCCCUUCGUGUCCAACCGCCAGACCAGCUACCGCGACGUGGACUGGCUGUGCAAGACGCUGCUGGCCGUGAGGAUGUACGCCCAGAUGGCCUCCAUCAACUGGAUGUUCGUCGAGGGCCUCUUCCUCCACUCGAGGCUGACCUCCAACGUGUUCGACUCGGGCGCCCCCUUCCCCCUCUACUACACCAUCGGGUGGGGUGUGCCGUUGGUGUUCAUCGUGGCGUGGGCGGUCACCAUGUCUCUCCAUUACCCCGUCCAUUGUUGGGAAGCGUAUCCGACCCUCAAAUAUACAUGGAUUCUGGUCGCCCCCAUGGUCACCGCGCUCAUGAUCAACCUCCUUUUUCUCAUCAACAUUAUACGAAUUCUGGUCACCAAACUGAGGGCCAGCGACGCUCAAGUAAGACAACACAGGAAUUACCAGCUGAAGCAACACCACAACUUGAGACAGAGGAAAAACAUACACACAGCCAAAGACAAUCAACAGACAGACGUUAGGGGCUCUGGACACGAGGACGAGCAACAGCCGGCCUUUGACCUGCAGAGAACCAAGGGCAAGAAGACCCAAUACACCUGCUGUGGUUGUCUCCCCUGCAGGAGGUUCCAGCGGCCUGUAAAGAAGACCAACCUUCAGGUCGUGACCAAGAAGCCGGUCAUUCAGAUCACUUACUACGAGGACGAGCACCAGAAACCGAAGUACUCCCAGAGAGAGACCUCGACCACUCUGUACUACGAGAGGGACUCCGAGCGGGAAGGUCCCUGAGCGCCAGUCCAAGAAUCUGGAUACUCAGCCUUGUUACAAAUCGUUGUCUACCAGCGGAGACCGAGCCAGGGAGAAGCAGGAAGAAAUCUCCUGUCGGCAAAAUCAGCACAGCAACCAGCUUAAAGAAGAUCCUAAAAGAG